AUGGAAGCUCCGAAUAAAGAACUGAUUUCAUUCGUAUUGAAUAUCGCCAAUGGAAUGGAGUAUCUGUCUAGCUUAAAGAUAAUGCAUCGAUAUUUGACUGCUGGGCAUGUAUUGAUUAGUGAUGACAUGAAGUGUAAAAUUUCUAAUUUUGGUUAUGCUAGUGACGUAAUAGAUGACGCACGUUUCUUCGAGAAAACAAAGGGUAAUUUUCCGUAUCAAUGGAUGUCAGUUGAAACGCUGUUAAACAGACGAUUUACUCCCAAGAGUGAUGUAUGGUCAUUUGGUAUUGUAAUAUGGGAAAUUAUAACUCAAGGAUCAAUGCCUUAUCACGAUUUAACAGAAGAAAAUGUAAAAGUGAUGGUAACUAAUGGAAAAGUAUUAUCAAAACCAACUCAUUGUCGCGCUGCUACGUAUCAACUGAUGAAAUCGUGUUGGAAUCGUCAUCCUCGAGAUCGGCCGACAUUCACCAAAUUGGUCAAAUCAAUAAGGUCAUUGUUCAAUGAUAGCAAGGAACCAGAUAACUCGUUUAAUGUUAAUGAGUCUCCAUAA